CAUCAAUCAAGUUGACAUUUAGUGUUUUUCUUAAGUGAAUAAAACAGCUGAAAUAUGAUUUUCAGCUUCAGUUAUCUUAGAGUACGAAAAGACUUACACUUGCUUUGAAGCCGCAAACAAAUUAGACUGGUUGUAUCCAGAAGUCUGUCCAGAAGCCAUGGACGGUUCCAGGAACAGAACAGGUUGUCUGUCCUGGUACGUAUUCCUGUCACUUACAUGCACUGUCUACGCUGCAAAUGUUGGAUUUGAAGAUCUUCAGCUUUCACCGUCAGGUAUCCAGCCGUGGGAGGAGGCCCUCAGCCGUAUAAAGCCGAGGGCUUCGCCCGAAGAUCAAGAGGCCGCUGUUGAAGGACUUGCCAAGCGCCUCCUGAAGGAUCGAGCCAGCGAGUUCUCCUUUACGGUUGACCUUUCACUGGGUCCUGAGGGGAAAGACACCUUUCAGGUGGUGUCCCCAGGGGCAAAGUCCUCCGUCGACAUCAAGGGAAACAGCGGCGUUGCGGCUGCCUGGGGACUGCUCCAUUACCUGAAGUACUUCUGCGGUUCCCACGUCUCGUGGGAGGCAGACCAGGUGGCACUCCCUACCCCCCUACCAGCAGCUCAGGUGAAUGUCACCUCUAACGACAGGUUCCGGUACUACCAAAACGUUUGCACUGUUUCUUAUUCGAUGGCUUGGUGGGAUUGGACUCGUUGGGAACGGGAGAUCGAUUGGAUGGCCCUCAACGGCAUCAAUAUCCCCUUGGCAUUCACAGGGCAGGAAGCCAUCUGGCAAAGGGUAUACACUAAGAUGGGCAUCACGCAGAAGGAGCUGGAUGAACACUUCGCUGGACCUGCUUUCUUAGCGUGGGGUCGCAUGGGCAACAUCAGGGGUUGGGGAGGACCCCUUCCCCAGUCCUGGCAUACGCAGACCCUGGCCCUCCAACACCAGAUCCUUGAGAGAAUGCGACAGUUCGGAAUGACGCCCAUCUUGCCCGCCUUUGCAGGUCACGUGCCGGCAGGUCUUACCAGGAUCUUCCCCGAUGCCAACGUCACUCGCCUUGGUUCUUGGUGCAAUUUCAACUCGACUUAUUCCCAAACAUACCUCCUGGAUCCUGCCGACCCCCUCUUCAAGCAAAUUGGAGCUGAUUUCGUAAAGGAGAUGACGCAGGAAUUCGGCACUGAUCAUCUUUACAACUGCGACACCUUCAACGAGAUGACCCCAGGAUCUUCGGAUCCUGAGUACCUGAGGAGUGUUGGAGCUUCUAUCUACGAAGCCAUGAAGUCCUCAGAUCCCGAUGCCAUAUGGGUUAUGCAAGGGUGGCUCUUCCUCAACACGGGCUUCUGGCAAAUACCCCAAGCAAAGGCCUUGCUGAACUCUGUACCAAUAGGUCGAAUGCUCAUCCUAGAUUUGGCCACGGAAAUAUCUCCCCAGUACUCCAGAUUAUCUUCCUACUUCGGGCAGCCAUUUGUUGCUUGCAUGUUGCACGAUUUCGGUGGAGUCGACGGCCUUUUCGGGAGAGCAGAUGUUGUGGUUCCUCAAAUCCUGGCUGCAAGAGACUUCCCAAAUUCGACACUUGUGGGAACGGGACUGACUCCUGAAGGAAUCAACCAGAACUACGUCAUGUACGAUUUGAUGAAUGAAAUGGCUUGGAGGACAACUCCACCGAAUAUGACCAGCUGUUUCUUUCAGGGCUGUCUUCUUAUUGCUGCCAGGAGAUACGGAACUACCGAUCAGAGACUAAUAAACGCUUGGCAGUUGCUUAUGAAUAGUGUGUACGUUUCCGAAAGUGGUGGAUCCGGCGGUGAUUACAUCAUCAUGAAGAGACCGGACGUGUCGAGGACAACAGAUUCUAUAUGGUAUUCCAUUGCCGAUGUCGUCGAAGCCUGGGAUAACAUCGUUGCUGUUAUGAAAGAUUCAGUGAGAUUAUCUGAUAAAAUAACACGCCCAAUAGAAGACGUAACAGCACUUGGAGACUCAUCAGAGGAGAGAGAAGAGAAUAAGGAGGAUUCUCAAGAGUCUGGAGAAUCUGAAGAAAUAACAGAGGACGAAAACGUAAAUGGUGGGGGUAGCCAAAUGCUGACGAAGAACCUCGUGAUGUCACCGAAAAGCAUAUCUGUUACUGAGCUAAAGACUUUCCUUCACGACGUUGUGGAUGUCUCGAGGCAGAUGUUACAGAUUCUGUCUGGCCAAACGGCAAUCAAGAUGAUUAACAGCUACAAAAAAGGAGACUUGUCAAGAGUGCAGGAGGCGCAUGCAGACGUUCAGAUGAUCUUGAGUGAUAUGGAUGACAUCCUAGCUACAUCUCCCGAUUUUCUUCUCGGUGUCUGGACCGAGAGCGCAGCAUCCUGGGCCACCAAUGAGCAAGAGCGUCGGUUGUACGUCUUCAACGCUCUGAAUCAGAUCACAACCUGGGGUCCUGAUGCGAACAUUCUCGACUACGCAGGCAAACAGUGGUCAGGAAUGAUUUCUCACUACAUCAAGCCUCGUUGGGAACUCUUUGGGAACCAACUGAUCGAAAGUCUGCAGAAAGGGACGCCCUUCGAUCAGGGCGCCUUCAACAAGCAAGUCUUUGAACAGAUAGAAGAUCCUCUUUCGAAGGACGUGGAUAGGUCGUAUCCAUCUGAACCUACAGGAGACACCAUCGCAAUGGCUGUUGAUCUUCACCAGAAGUACAGGCCUUUUUUCAAUGCAACAAUCGGUUUCCUAUAGAACUUGGAAAUUUUGAAUAUCCCAAUAUAUUCACAAUGAGAAAGAACCAUAAUAAAACAGCGUCAGAAUGAAAAAG